CUGAAGAAUCCCCAGAAACUGAAAGAAGAAGCUAAAACCCUUCCUGCGCCCCCCUGCCGCGGUCUGCCCUCCCCGAGCCCGGCUGCAACAGCAGCUACUUCCUCUUUCGGGAACAUUUAAACAGGCCCAGCGCGGAGCCCCCGGGAGCCGCGUCGCGCGCCGCCGUCCAGCCAUGGGGGACACCUUCAUCCGCCACAUCGCCCUCCUGGGCUUCGAGAAGCGCUUCGCCCCCAGCCAGCACUACGUGUACAUGUUCCUGGUGAAGUGGCAGGACCUGUCCGAGAAGGUGGUUUACAGGCGGUUCACCGAGAUCUACGAGUUCCACAAAAUUUUAAAGGAAAUGUUUCCUAUUGAGGCAGGGGACAUCAACCCAGAGAACAGGAUCAUCCCCCACCUGCCAGCCCCGAAGUGGUUUGUUGGGCAGCGCACGGCCGAGACCCUCCAGAGCACCCUCACCGAGUACUGCAACGCCCUCAUGAGUCUGCCCGCCAAGAUUUCCCGUGGUCCCCACCUCCUCAACUUCUUCAAAGUGCGCCCGGAGGACCUCAAGCUCCCCACCGACAGCCAGGUGAAGAAGCCAGAGACGUACCUGGUGCCCAAAGAUGGCAAGAGUAGUGCAGCAGAAAUCACGGGGCCCAUCAUCCUGCAGACUUACCGCGCCAUCGCCGACUAUGAGAAGAGCUCCGGCUCCGAGAUGGCUCUGGCCUCGGGCGACAUGGUGGACGUGGUGGAGAAGAGCGAGAGUGGCUGGUGGUUCUGCCAAACAAAGGCGAAGCGCGGCUGGGUGCCUGCAUCCUACCUGGAGCCCUUGGACACUCCCGAUGAGGAGGAGGACCCGGAACCCAACUAUGCAGGUGAGUCCUAUGUCACCAUCAAAGCUUACACCGCCGUGGAGAAGGACGAGGUGUCCCUGAGUGUGGGUGAAACCAUCGAGGUCAUCCACAAGCUCCUGGACGGCUGGUGGGUCAUCAGGAAAGAGGACGUCACCGGCUACUUCCCGUCCAUGUACCUGGAGAAGUCCGGGCAGGACACGGCGCAGGCCGAACGCCGGAUCCAGAGCCGAGGGGCGCCGCCCCGCAGGUCGUCCAUCCGCAACGCGCAAAGCAUCCACCAGCGGUCGCGGAAGCGCCUCAGCCAGGACGCCUACCGCCGCAACAGCGUCCGCUUCAUGCAGCAGCGCCGGCGCCAGGCGCGGCCCGGGCCGCAGAGCACCGGGAGCCCGCUCGACAAGCAGCCGCAGACGCAACGCGAGAAGCCGCAGCCGGCGGUGCCGCCCCGGCCCAGCGCCGACCUCAUCCUGCACCGCUGCAGCGAGAGCACCAGGCGGAAACUGGCGUCCGCUGUCUGAGCCGGCGUCCCGGCCCCGCCGCUCCCUCCCGCCCCCGUGCCCGCUCCCGGCCGCCGGGAGCCUCCUUGUACAUACGCGUGUGUGGCCUGGUGUCCCGGCGCCACUCUCGAUGAAUGUGGCUGGGAGCGGGCAGAGGCUCCGCAGAGACGCGGGGCGAGCUGCGCUCUGUGGUUGGGGUGGUGGGGGGAGGUGUUUCUAGAAUUUAAGACUUGGGGCUCUGAGUUCUGCUGGGGGAAGUUGCAAAAGCCGUGGUCCCUGCCGAGCCGGUAGGUUUGCACAAGGCCGAGUGCAGAGAGGAACUCCCCGUCCCCGCUGCCGUUUGUCUGGACCGAAACUGCGGAAGGGUCCGGAAGAGGGGUGGACACGGCGGGGCGGCCGGCCCUUGUGUGCGCUCCUUACUAACUUGGAGCUGGGACAAAAAUUUUUCUAAUUGCUUUUGUAGGUGGGGGUGGUGCUCUGAUUAUUCACCGAGACCCAGCCUUUAUUGGGAGGUUGUCCCAGGGGGCGCAGAUCCUCAUCACUUAGCUAGCAUUUGCUGCGAGCCCAUGGCCUUCAAAAUCUUUGCUGGUGGGUCUUUCCCAAAAUGCAGAGACACCAUUGCGCAAAGCGGAGGUGCAAAUCUUGCAAAAGAUGCAGCUUCUCGUGGAGACCAGGGGGUCGUGGAGAACUGUUCCUCCCACCUGGGAAGUGGCUACCUGAGGAGAGGACGGGCAAGGCGUGUCCCUUAGAGGAAAGAAAAAACCGACAAGGGGGACAGAUGUGUCUCAAGAGAAUAAUUUGACCAUCAAAAGAUUCAGAGAGGCUGUGAAAAACUAGUGGAGCCCUUAAGAGUUGUUUUCGCAUUUUUCAAGCCCUUAUUUGCUGUUAAAGCCCAAGUGCUGUCAUACAAAGCUGUAGAAAAAUUAAUCACAAACAACCUCAACCUCUCUGCUUGUUCAGUAACAAUUGUAACCUUUUUAUUAAAUACAAUAUGAGAAAAUA